GGGCUCGCCUGCUUCUGCUUACUGACUUUCCGCUCAAAUCCAUGCACGCCAGCCGAAACGGGACCCUGCGCAUGCACUCGGCCGCAGAGAUAAAGGCAGCUGCCGACCCUUCUGCCAUCUCAUUCUGCCAGCCAGCAGCGUCCAAGAGCCUGCCACAGUGUGUUACGAUUUCACGGCUCCCCGUCGACUGUCAAACGUCGUCAAUUCAACUUUGCCAACAAAAAUAUGCAUACCGCUAGCGUCACCCUUGUAGCCCUGAGCUUGCUGUGCGCCGUGACCAUGACCUGGUCCAUGGCCCUGUCGCCGGAGCAGAAGGAGGUGCUCUCCAACACUCUUGACCUCGGUGAGGACGACGGCAGCGUGGAGACGGCCCUGAUGAACUAUCUGUUCGCCAAGCAAAUAGUCAGCAGGCUGCGUAGGCAGUUGGACGUGACCGACCUGCAGCGCAAACGCUCCUACUGGAAACAGUGCGCUUUCAACGCAGUCUCCUGCUUCGGUUAAUUCUCCGUCGUCGUUGCCGCCCAGCAGCUCUUAAAUUAAACAACACAAUAUAAAAUGUAAUGCAAAUAUUAGCCCCAUCCCCUAUGUAAGAGAAGCCAAAUUAUAGUCUUUUCAUCAAUCGUCCUUUCAAGCAAUCGAUGUCGUCGUAAAAAGCUACUACUAACGCCCUUGACACAUUCAAUCUUCCACCCUGUCACGAGUAAGUUUUAUUAAAAUACACUGGAAAUAAAUCAUAGCUGUUUCAAA